AUGGCCGUCUACACGUUCUACAUCUUCGACCGCCACACCGAAUGCGUCUACGUCAAAUCAUGGGCAUCGCCCGACCAAGAAGCCCCCGCGCCCGCCAUAUCCACCAGCUCGGACGACGCCAAGCUCGUCUUUGGCACCGUCUUCUCCCUCCGCAACAUGGCCCGCAAGCUCGGCGGCGACGACGACGCCUUCAUCAGCUACCGGACGGGCCAGUAUAAGCUGCACUUUUACGAGACGCCCGCCAAUCUUCGCUUCGUCAUGAUUACAGAUACCGCGUCGGCGAGCAUGCGGAAUGUGCUGCAUCAGAUUUACAUCAACCUAUGGGUGGAAUAUGUUGUCAAGAACCCGCUUGCACCAGUCGAACACAAGGGGGGCGCCGGCAUCAGAAACGAACUCUUCGAGCGGGGGUUAGACCAGUUCAUAAGGGGCAUGAUGUGAAUUUGCCAAAGGCACUUUGACGGUUAUACGAGUUUGAAAUGAGAUACACAUAAAGGGCGGAAACGGGGAAAUAUCGGUACCAACAGCCAUGACGGCGUCUGCCUGACGCUCAUGGACGCUCUCAUCACCCUGAUUUGUCCCACAGCAGUCUCUCGGUCAAGGACUCUACGGUUUCCGGCUACUUGGAGUUUAGCAGAGCCGCAAGAAACAAGCAAAACAAAGACGACGAGGCAAUUGCGGGGAUGAGCCAUCCAGACACCCCCGCUGGCCGCUCGGAUAUUGAACCUACGAGUUGUGACAACAGGAUAGAUUGACCCGUAAUGAGGCCUGGGGAACUUUUGAGACAAGUUUGCAUAGGAGGCAACGUUUGGAGAAGAUCAAGCGCUGAAAAGAACCUCUGAGCGCCGAGGAGAUUGUAGGAUAUAUCGUUAUAUGCUGUCUGCUAGUCCGCCAACAUCAUAGUAGUACCUAUCCAAAUGAGCGAUGAAAAAUAAGAACAAAGAG